AUGACUCUGUGUCGAGUCAUGACUCCUGCACACGUUUUCGACACGACUGGAAAAAAUCUCCCAAUCCCACCCGCGGUUUCGGGAAAACGUCGACAAUCGUCGACACCCCAACCCAUGUCCACGCUCGGUGUGGACGCGUACGGGAGCGAUGACGGGGCGAGCGCGGAGGACGACGCGAGCGCGGAGGACGAGGAUGGAUUCGUGGGACCGACGCGACCGCCGGGGUGGGAGAUCGAGCGCAAAGGCGCGAGCGAUGGGGAGGAUGACGAGGCGUACUUGGCGUCGAUGCGAGACGAUGACGAUGACGAUGACGCGGGAGAGGACGAGGGGUGCCACGUCCCGGCGCGAUGGGUCGAUCGGGUGAGGAUACCGCCAGAGCCCGCGAGCGCGGCGGCGACGGAGACGCAGGCGAGAGUGAAUGAGAUUUUUCUCGAAGCGCUUCGAAGAGGGUUGACGCCGAGCACGAUGAUGUUCGCCUCGUCCACCUUUCGUAAUCCUGGAUUUAUGGAGACGUGCUCGGCGGAUCUGGGGGAGGACGCGUUCGCCACGGGAGCGGCUUUUGCGUUCGACGGCGAACCGGUGCCAGAGGAAGACUUCUACGGCGCACUCGCCCAAGAACAAAAGCUCGUCACCGAGAAGUAUUUGGCCGAUAGAAACGGUAUUUCAUUCAGAAGCGCGGGAAAACAGGCGGCACCCGCAGCGGCGGCACAGGUACCGGGAGAUGAGGCGCGCCAGGCGACGAUCAACGCCGCCAUAGCGAAGGCUCGAGUCGAGGCGCGCAUUGCGCUUGAAAAAGCAGGGCGUGUGCCGCCGAGUUGA